CCUUGUUUGAUUUUUUCUCGUACAUGCGUCUUAUGUCCCUCUUUGGAAAGUUUAACAAGUUAGUAAAUCAAAAGUAAAACAACCCAACUCGGUACAUGAGCAUCCACGGACUCCUGAGCCACUGAGGGGUGGCGUUGACUAAUCCAGAUCAUUGGUUGCUUGAGCUGUACAGUUACCCAAAUAUGGGUUAGUCGGCAUAGAUUAGAUUAGAUUGUCCUGUGCCGACUGACCUGUACCAAAUACAAACAUAGAGCAAGCAGUCACAAGUCCUUCACUGGUCUAUGACUUUUGACCGAAGUACGUUACCCUGUAGGUACGAACCUUAGCAGGUUCUGCGGCAGACAAACCAGUACACUUCUUGACCUAUGCUGACUGUUACAAAAUUGAUGCUGGCUUUCCCUUCAGGGCCAAUCCAUGGCUGCCGUCAAUCCCGUCAUCCUUUCCGCCCGUCAGUCAUCCCAUCCAGUCGCCCGUCAAUCCCAGCUAGCACACUCUGAGACCCAUUUAUUUUCACUGUGAGAGAAUCCCGUCGAUGAAGCAACCGCGGUUUCCACUACCACAAGGCCACUGGUGCAGUAAGUGCCACCUCCAAAACACUGGAUCCCUCACAGCCAAGCUCGCUGCUUCAACCUCCACCCCGAAGAUGCACCACCUGAGUGGGAUCCCUGGGCCGUUAAGAAAACGUUGCAGCUCAGCACCCCGUCCAUGUCGUGCGGCUUCGGAAAGCCACUCAUGGGAGGCCCGCUACCGCAUCCGAGAUAUCCUUGCCAGUGCAAGACAACGUAAGGAUGUCGGAGCUUGAAUUUCAACCGGAUUGAGACAGGAACUGCACCGGUGGCAAUUUCCAAUGGCACAAUAUUUGAACCAGACAGAGGCAAGGGGGCUUGGGCUGGGAUUGACACCGGCACUGGCGUUUAGCACCCGUUCACCCAUUACGCCCGUCGACCAUUACGCCCGUUCAUCUCUACGCCCGUCGACCAUUACGCCCGUUCAUCUCUACGCCCAGCCAUCCAAGUUAAUAAAGGUCCACAAAGUACUGUGUGAGCUGUGGUGGUUCUGCGAAGGAAGGGAAAAUAUAUAAACCGCAGCCCAUGACGCAAGAUGCCCACUUUUUCGGCCCCACGAUCGAAAGCAUACCUCAAAACCAUUGGGGUUAUUUUACUGUUAAAUGCAGUCACACUGAUCAUUCAAAAAUUAUGAUAAUUUUUACAGUACUGUACACUACUAAAUUCGUUGCCCUGCAUUUUGCACAAGGCAACGGGCCGUACCACAUUCUUCUGGUUCUAGUACUGGCUAAAAGAUCGAAACCAUCCUCCACCCUUACUUAUUGGUCGGGGACGAAACCUGUUUGAACGUUGAAAUUCGCCAUGUUAUGGUUGGCUUUCGUAUUUGUUAGUUAUGAUAUCUUCAGAUAGCUGAGAUAUAUUUUCGUCAAUGGAUGGCCAACCGUAAGGCAAAGAAACAACAAACAAGAUAUUUCAUUUAUUCACAUUUAUUCUCAAGUUUCCCUUGCUUUCCCCUCUAGACCUGAUAUUUCGUGUAGCUCUCGCAUGUUGUUCGGGGUGGAGGGGGUAAUUCCCCUGUUUCUGUAAGCUGUACCGGACAUGGCACUCACUAUCUUUGUUGGUGGUGGAAAGGCGCUGCUCGAAGCAUCAGACUUUGGGAAGAGAUCUCAAUUUAUAGCUACGAGUGUUUUCUAGAAAUAAAGUGGGCUCCAUUGAGCCAAAAAGUCACUUCUUAAAAUAUCCAGCAAAAUUCAACUUCGAAAUCAAACUCUAGCCAAAAUCAAUCUUGAACCACUAGUCAGCAAUUCUCGGGCGUAAUGGUCGACAGGCGUAAUGUUUUCCAGAAAGAACGGAAUCGGCGCUGCGCCAGCGGGUGUCUACGCUUCGGAAACAAGAGAGGGGAAUGCCCAGAUCAUCACCAAUGACCAUCAACAGCAUAGAACCUAUCGUCAAGAACACAAUAUCCCCCAUCAAUCAGGCGUCGACGCGCCGAAAUCCCACCCUCCGAACCUCAAGAAACACCAAACAUACAGCCCCAGUACAGAAAGGAAUUUGUGCCCCCUUUCAACGUACGCCCCUUGGAUGGAAAGUGGACUUGGUCCCUCCACUUUCUUGCCCGACAACAGUUUACGGAAUCAGAGAGUCGGAUCUACGCGAUGAGACACGGAUUAGAAGGAACAGAUACGACCGAAACAGCAACAGAAUAGAAUCUAUCUUCAAGAACACAAUACAUCCUGCCAACAACAUGCCAAUGCGCCGAAAACAACUCCCAAGCCUCAUGAAACACCAAACAUACAGCCCCAGUACACGAAGGGAGUGUCGGCCCUUUCACAUACACCCUAUGAUGGAAAAUGAACCCGGGGGUUUCAUUUUCCUGCCUGACAAUAGUUUACAGCAAUGGAGAUUGACAAUCACGCGAUAGAAAGCAGAAUAGAAGGGACAGAUAUGGUCAACAACAAAACCACCAACAGCUUCAAACAUACCUUCAAGAACAGGUCACAUUGAAUGACAUUGUCAGCUUGUGUGAUAGUAUGUAUAUACUAGGGCCCCAAGAAGACACGGCCGGAUUCACAUCAACAAGCAUGUCACACACAUCACAGAACUUAAAUGGCGGUCACAUCGGCAUCUCGAAUUACACAAACAUACAGAAUCAGGAAAGAGCUAGGCCUCAAAGUACUCACAUACACGGAUACUGCUACUUUGCCUAUUUGAGCUUGCAUACAUGUAUAUAGAAGUCAAGGAGGGUCAGGAAAGGCCUGACAAGUGCAUAGAUACAGAACUGAUAGAAAGAUUAUUGGUAGAGGGGUAUCUGAGCUUGAGCAGAAGGGAAGCAAUUCGGAUCACGAAUAGCUUGGUCUCGGAAGCAAGAGCGGGAACACCUGUAUUUAUAGUCGUACGCUGCAUAACUGCCUGCGGGCGGUUGGGACAGUCUAUGAAUCAAUCAAUCAAUCAGAAGUAGUCCCAGAGCAGAAGUAGUCCCAGGGCAGAAGUAGCCCCAGGGCAGAAGUAGUCCCAGAGCAGAAGUAGCCCCAGGACAGGAGCAGUCCCAGAAUAGAAGCAGUCCCUUCCCUGGAUGGUUCGUGUAUGCUUUGUAAUUCCUUUAAGUUUUGUGAGAAUAAACAGAAUCGCGCUGGCACUCAGCAGGUGUUUUAUAUCUAAAAG